GUACCCAACCUUCGGAUUUGAAGUGCAGCAUCUUGGAAAUGCGAAAACUAGCAGUAGUUCUGUUCUGCGUGAUACUCACCGGAUGUCCCCAUGGAUUUCAGGCUUUUUCGCCGAAAUGUGAGAAGCCAGGGAGUCCUGAAUACGAAUUAGAGGCGUACUGCGAUCAGAAGUGCUACGAUAUCAUUUAUCCAUUCAUGGUCAGCGUGCAAAAGUUGCAGGAUGAACUGAAGUGGCGAAAGAUGUAUCCAGGAUUCGAGAAGUUGGGAUACGGCAUCUUCUACAUCGAGCAGGUAAAAACGGCGACCUGGGAAGAGGCCGUUGCAAUAUGCCACAAAAUGGGGGCACAACUAGGCGAAUACGACGACGGCGUGGAGUUCGAGAUGGUUAAGAAAAACUAUACUCGCAAGGGCACCUAUUGGCAAGCCAUUAGAUACUGGCCACUUCAAACCAGCUUCAAAUCCAACGCCACCGGACUGCCAGCCCGCUACUUAAAUUGGGAUGCUGCCCAACCCAGCACAAUAAAUAGCCAAGUUUGCACUGCCACAAGACUUGGGCAAUCACUAUUCACGGAUGUCUGUGAUGAACAGUAUAACUAUAUUUGUAAGGUCGAUCUGCCCUUAAAAAAGAAGUAAGAGAUUUAAAUGUAUUGAAAUACACAUAUCCGUUUGCUAAGCUCUUGGCAAUUCAAUUAAAA